GAGCGGGCGUGAAUGCCAUGGACGGCGCGCAGGGAAGGAGCCGCGCAAGCGAAGUGCGCAUCCUCCAUUUUGGCGGAGGGCGGGCAGAGAGCUUGGCUCUUGGCGCCUGGCCGCCGUCUCUGGAUGGGGCGCUCCUCCCCACUCCUUGGCAUUGCCGGAGGGCAAAGAAGUUGCUCUUCCCGAGGGGAGCCAGACAGAGGCGCUUCAAAUGGACGCCCCGCUGCGCCUCAUAUUGGUUCGAAUUGGUCCUCGCAGCAGCUUCUGACAAAAUGGAGGACGCUGUCACUAUUACCACCACCACCAGCUCCUCCAGAAGCUAUGUCGGCAUCUGACAUGGCGCCCUCCUCCGCAGCGAGUGGGGGCAGUAGGGCGUCUUAAGGUGAAGGCGGCAAGCAGGCGCAGCUUGGUAGGGCAGGCUGCGGAGGAGGCACCCUCAUUGGGCUAUGUGCGUUCUCUCCCAUUUCCCUGUGGGAAGGCUCCCAUUACCCACUCUGUCUCAUGGAAACAGCCCUAGGUUCAAAGCCCCGCUGGGGAGCAGGAGCAAGCGGGCACCUCUCGAUGACCUGCCAGCUCUAUCGCUGGGCGGCGCGGGGCGCAGAGGAGCACGCGCCCCACGGCUGGGUCUGUGGCGCCCACAGGGACUGUGGGCAAGGCUGAGAUGGGCAGCGCAACCUUCAGACCGGUGGCCAGCCGCCAGCACCACUCGGCCAGCGGCAGCACAAACUUCUCCAAGUUGUUGCUGUCAACAUGCUGCGCAGAGAGCGCAACCCUCGGACACGGGUAACGAACCGGUGAGCAACGAUCCGGGUUCCUCAGACCUUAUGGAUCUACAGUGGGAAGAACCCCAGGCAUGGCUAGGAGGAAGAUUGGCAGUUUAUAGGGUCAACCGGCUGCGGGCGGCUCUGAUGGAUGGGCGGCCCACCCACUCCGCUAUCCCAACGCGAGGGCCCGCCCUCUGGGAGAGCCAAUGGCAGGGCAGGGAGGCGGAUCUCCCCAGAGCUCACUUGGCCCGGUUCCUCCUCCCUUCGCCAGCAGCUGCGCUUUGCCCGGGACUAGACCGAGUUAGAGUUGAGACGCCGGAGGAGUAACGCGGAGUGCGUGCGUCCCCAGCGGCGGGGGGUGGGGUGGUAUCCGUGCCUACGACCGGUGGGGAUCCGGGCUCCAGCCCAGUUUGGUGCAGCCUUGGCAGAGACCAACAAGGAGAGGGAGCUCCAUUAACAGACUGCUUUUGUCGAGGGUAGCAAGUUGAUACAAGAAGAGCAGGUUCCCCACAGAAAAGAAACUAAAAGUUCUUGGAGCAGCUUAUUAAGGUAAACAGAUUGCAGUGGAUUUCUGGAUGGCAGAUUUGGAAUGGACACAAGUCCUCUGGGAGGAUUAGAACUGUCUGAACAUACUUCUGAUCUUCUAGGGAAUACCACCAUGGCAGCAGGUCUUGCAAACGUAGGAAAUACAUUUGGUGGUCCUCCAAGUUCUUUAGUUUCUAGACCUAGUAAAUUCCAGAGCACACCUAUAGAAGAUGAUGAUGAUGUAGUUUUUAUUGAACCUGUACAACCCCCACAAAAUUCUACAUCACUGAUAGCAGAUCAAAGGAAUACUGCAUUUACAUCAUCCAAAACUGAAGAACUUCAAGGGAAUGACUGCAAAGUGCUUCCUCCUCCAAAAGACUUAAAUUCUCAGAAGGGAAGUAUAAGUGAAACUAUUAUUAUCGAUGAUGAAGAAGACAUUGAAACAAAUCAAGGACAAGAGAAGAAUGCUUCCGGUUUUAACGAACGAAGGCUUCCAGAGUGUAAAAAUAGAACCAACGAUAUGGAAUUCUCAGCUUCCAGUUUUUCGAGAAGUAAGGUAAAUUCAGGAAUAGGUAAUAGUGGUAUAACCACAGAACCAGACUCUGAAAUUCAGAUUGCUAAUGUUACUACAUUAGAAAGAGGUGCUGUGAGCUCUGUGAGUGAUGGUCAUUUAGAAAAUGCUGAAGGGCGUGACAUGAACUUAAUGAUUACACAUGUAACAUCACUGCAGAAUGCCAACUUGGGAGAUGUAUCUAACGGACUGCAGUCAAGUAAUUUUGGUGUUAACAUGCAAACAUACACCCCAUCUUUGACUUCACAGACCAAGCCUGGUGUAGGACCUUUCAAUCCUGGUAGAAUGAACGUGGCUGGAGAUGUAUUUCAAAAUGGAGAAUCUGUGACUCAUCAUAAUCCUGAUUCUUGGAUAUCCCAGUCAGCUUCCUUCCCUAGGAAUCAAAAGCAACCAGGUGUGGAUUCCUUGUCACCUGUAGCAUCACUUCCUAAACAGAUUUUCCAGCCUUCUGCCCAGCAGCAGCCUUCUAAACAGGUUAAAGUCACAUGUGCAAACUGCAAAAAGCCAUUGCAAAAGGGACAGACUGCCUAUCAGCGAAAAGGAUCUGCUCACCUUUUUUGUUCUACUACCUGCCUCUCAUCAUUCUCACACAAACCCACUCCAAAGAAACUUUGUGUUAUGUGCAGAAAGGAUAUAACAACAAUGAAAGGUACCAUUGUUGCUCAGGUUGAUUCAAGUGAGUCGUUCCAGGAGUUCUGCAGUACAUCAUGCUUAUCCUUCUAUGAAGAAAAACAGAGUCCCUCAAAAGGAGCUGUGAAUAAAUCAAGAUGCACUAUCUGUGGUAAACUAACUGAGAUUCGUCAUGAAGUUAGCUUUAAAAAUAUGACUCAUAAGCUGUGCAGUGAUCAUUGCUUCAAUAGAUACAGGAUGGCAAAUGGUUUAAUAAUGAAUUGCUGUGAGCAUUGUGGGGAGUAUUUGCCCAGUAAAGGAGCUGGAAACAAUAUUCUUACUAUUGAUGGUCAGCAGAAAAGAUUCUGCUGUCAGAACUGCGUUGGUGAAUACAAGCAGACUCUCGGUGUGCAGUCUUCAACAAAUGGUCAGUUCGUCUCUCCUAGUGAUAUCCAAUUGAAAUGUAAUUAUUGCAAAAAUUCUUUUUGUUCAAAGCCAGAAGUACUGGAAUGGGAGAACAAAGUGUAUCAGUUCUGCAGCAGAGCGUGUUCUGAUGAUUACAAGAAACUACACUGCAUAGUGACGUACUGUGAAUACUGUCAAGAGGAGAAAACGCUACAUGAGACGGUGAAUUUCUCUGGCAUCAAAAGACCCUUUUGUAGCGAAGGCUGCAAGCUGCUAUAUAAACAAGACUUUGCAAGACGGUUAGGACUGAGAUGUGUUACUUGUAAUUACUGCUCACAGCUGUGCAAAAAGGGAGCAACUAAGGAACUUGAUGGUGUAGUGAGAGAUUUCUGCAGUGAAGAGUGCUGUAAAAAAUUUCAGGACUGGUACUACAAGGCUGCACGAUGUGACUGCUGUAAGUCUCAAGGAACUCUCAAAGAGAAAGUGCAGUGGCGCGGCGAAAUGAAACACUUCUGCGAUCAGCACUGUUUGCUCCGUUUCUACUGUCAACAAAAUGAGCCAAAUCUGGCAACCCAGAAGGGACCUGAGAACUUACACUAUGAUCAGGGCUGUCAGACCCCUCGAACAAAAACAACAGGCUCAGCACCACCACCUUCUCCAACACCAAACAGAGAAAUGAAGAACAAGGCAGUUCUCUGUAAGCCUUUGACAAUGACAAAAGCCACAUAUUGUAAACCUCAUAUGCAGACAAAAUCUUGUCAGACAGAAGAUGAUUGGAAAAAAGAGUAUGUCCCAGUGCCUAUUCCUGUACCUGUCUAUGUCCCGGUGCCUAUGAACAUGUAUAGUCAAACUGUUCCUGUUCCUACAGCGGUUCCUGUUCCUGUACCAGUACCAAUUUUCUUGCCCUCUACUCUGGAUACCAGUGAGAAAAUCCUUGCAGCAGUAGAAGACCUGAGGGGAAAAGUACCCUCUAAUUCUCUGGAAACUGAGCUACUGAACUUGUCAGGAAUGGUACCUGACCAUGAUGGAAAAAAUGAAAAUUCUGAUGUGACAAAUGCAAUGGUUGAGUCAAAUCUACUAAACUCAGAAACAGAGACACAGACAAGCUUGCCUGAUGUUCCGUAUGAACCAGACCUCGAUAUUGAAAUAGACUUUCCAAGAGCAACUGAAGAGCUUGAUACAGAAAACGAGUUUUUGUUGCCUCCUGUUUUUGGGGAGGAAUAUGAGGAACAGCCAAGACCACGGCCCAAAAAGAAGGGGGUGAAGAGGAAAGCGGUGUCAGGAUACCAGUCUCACGAUGACAGCUCUGAAAACUCAGAGUGCAGUUUCCCAUUCAAAUAUGCCUAUGGUGUCAAUGCUUGGAAGCACUGGGUAAAGUCUCGGCAUUUAGAUGAAGAGCUUCCAGAAUUAGAGGAAUUGAAAUCAACAAAGUCUGUGAAAUUAAAGGAAGAUCUAUUAUCACAUACUUCAGCUGAGUUAAACUAUGGGUUGACCCAUUUUGUCAAUGAAAUUCGAAGGCCAAAUGGAGAGAACUAUGCACCUGACAGCAUCUAUUAUCUGUGUCUUGGGAUUCAGGAGUAUUUAUAUGGAAGCAAUCGAAAAGACAACAUAUUUAUUGAUCCAAUCUACCAGACGUUUGAACAGGAACUGAAUAAAAUCCUUAGAAGUUGGCAACCAAGCAUACUUCCAGAUGGAUCAAUAUUCUCUCGAGUCGAAGAAGAUUAUCUUUGGAGGAUUAAACAGCUAGGAUCACAUUCACCGGUUGCUCUUCUGAACACUUUAUUCUACUUUAACACUAAAUAUUUUGGUCUGAAAACAGUGGAGCAGCACUUGAGACUUUCUUUUGGCACUGUUUUUCGACAGUGGAAAAAAAAUCCUCUAACCAUGGAAAGCAAAGCUUGUCUUCGAUAUCAAGUGUCUUCCCUGUGCAGAGCUGAUAGCGAAGAUAAAAUUACUACUGGAAAGAGGAAACACGAAGACGACGAGCCAGUAUUUGAACAAAUUGAAAACACAUCUGAUCCAGCUAGAUGCCCUGUGAAAAUGUUUGAGUGCUAUCUGUCUAGAAGCCCCCAGAAUCUUAAUCAGAGGAUGGACCUGUUUUAUCUGCAACCAGACUGCUCUGUCUCCGUGGAGAGUCCCAUCUGGUACACUGCCACCUCCCUGGACCGCAACACUUUGGAAAACAUGCUCGUACGGGUUCUCUUAGUAAAGGAUAUUUAUGAUAAAGACAAUUACGAACUGGAUGAAGACAUAGAUUAAAACAAACUUCCAAAAGCCGUCGAGAAAACGAACAGCAUUAGGUAUUAGUCAUGCUGCUAGACCUUUACUAUGGAAAACAUUUCAAGUUUACCCUUUGUUUUAUGAGUUUUGUAGCAGUGUGUACCCUCCCCUGGGGUAUUACCAUGUAAAUAGUCCACGAGUGAAAGUUUCCAUUAUUCUGCAUAGUGGUUUUAGGAUACAUAACAAACACAUUUCAGAUUUUUUUUUUAAUGAUUAUUUAUUUGACUAGGUAUGUUUGCAACUUUUUACAUUGCAAAAUAUGAAUGAGAAUGUGCCAUGUGUAAGUUGUUUGGGUUUUUGUUUGUUUGUUGUUUUUUUUUUCCCCUUCUAGUAAGAGACAUCCACAUUGCACAACUCUGCUGUUGGAAGCUCCCUUGAAAGGAGGCUCUUCUAAUGGGUUCUUAAAACGGAUGGUUGUGUUUGGGUAGCACUACUAAAGUUUAGAACUUGCUGUGUCUUUCAGAAUUUUUAAAUAAAUUGUAAACUAAUAGGUUUUUUACUUUUUAGUUACUGAAGCCUUAUGAGGUUAUGUAGAGAGACUCCAUCUUAUGUACCAAAAAUAGACAAGAGAGAAUGCUGUCAAUAUUGGUGUACUGUAAUGUGAAUCUAUUCUGGUGAAAACUUCUUCUUUUGUUGCCCUUAUUAAAACCUUAGUGUCCUUUCCUUAUUUGUGACUCUCUCUCAAUUGCCCCUACAAAUAAUAAAUAAAUAUAUAUAUAUAUAAAAAAAUAAAUGAAUAUAAGCUUAAAGCAUGUGGUCAUCAGGACAUGUAUUUUGUAAAAAAGAAAACCAAAAACCCUUACAAAAAAAAAAGAGGAGAAAGAGAAAUGUCAUGUCUGAUGACAGUGCUGUGUAAUUCUUUUCCAUCUUUACUUCUCUGACCGUAAAUGCCAGUACCUCAUACUACUGUAAAUCUGUCCUUUGUAGCCUUAGGAAAGGGAUUUUUCUACUGUAUUACAUAAAGUAAUAUGGUGUGGUGAAUUUUUAACCUCUGUUUGUCCUUACAUUGCUGUAUUUAAAUACAGUCGAUACUUGACUUAUGGGUGGGAAAACUCUUAACUAAUGCCUCCAUUCAAAAGCCAUAUGAGACGUGAAGUUACAGAAAGCUGGAAGAUAAUUUUUGGGAAGAAAGUUUGUUCUAGAUCCUUUCCUUGUGCAAACUUUGCACACAACGCCUGAUUUCCGCAUAAAGGUUUAGCUACUGAAGUUUUGUUACUUGCUCUUGUUUAACUGAUGCAAGCAAUAUGGUGGUUCAUGCAACAGUUUUGCUAUUGUACUGGAAAAAAACAUGUAGUAGAAUAUCCUACUAUAAAACAGUCAUAAGUUUGGCUCUCCUAAAUGGCAUUUAGCAUCUGUUGAGAGGAAUCAUCUACUGAAGAGGAAACUUUUUAUGUGUAUAUAUAUAUUACACCCGAGGAUUUAUUUCUUGCAAGGGCUGCAUGGCUUUUUUGUUUCCCUUAGCUUAAAAGAAUGCACAUAGGGAUGCAUCUUUCUAUAUAGAGAAAUAAAGCUUCAGUUGCUUUGGUUUGUUAAGCAAAUUUGUUUAAAUUUCUGCUAUUCUUGUGUGUCCAUGAGUAUGUGUUAACUUCAGAUACACUGCUGUUUCAAAAAGA